AUGGGGUUGUUUGAUCCGAAAAACGUAUACCUAUCAGAGGACGGCAGUGGUGCCGGUAAUCAAUGGGUUGAAGGAUACUUGAAAGGUAAAAGAGCAUUGGAUGAUGUGUUAGAUAUCAUUGACAGAGAGUUAGAUUCAUGCGAUAACCUAGAAGGGUUUCAGUUGAUUCAUUCAGUUUCUGGAGGUACUGGUGCAGGAUUUGGAUCGUUCUUGCUGGAGACUUUAAGUGAUAGAUAUAGUAAAAAAUUGAUUCAAACAUAUUCUAUAUUUGGUAAUUCUGAAGUUGUUGUACAGCCUUACAAUACCAUGUUGACUUUGAAAAGGCUAAUUCAAAAUUCUGAUGCGAACGUUGUAUUUGACAAUAAAUCAAUCACGACCAUUGCCUCCAAUAAUCUAAAAGUGACUAGUCCGUCGUAUAGUGACAUCAACAAAGUCAUAUCGACAGUUAUGUCUGCAACAACAAACACUUUGAGGUUCCCGUCAUAUUCUUAUAAUUCCUUGACCAGUAUAGUGUCGACUUUGAUUCCUACUCCGGAUUUACAUUUCAUCAUUCCAAGUUAUACACCUUUUACUAGCGACUAUGUUAAAAAUGCGGCCAAAGAAAUCCGGAGAAGUACAACUUAUGACGUGGUAUUAGAACUUUUAGACAAGAAGUUGAGGAUGUGCUGCCAGGGGGACAAGCAGGAGACUGUAUUGGCGAUGAUGGACAUCAUUAUCCGGUCGAACACUGCGAUUGAUCCAAGGGAGAGUACAAAUAUACAAAAGGCGGUUAUCAAGGCCAGAUCAAGAAUCAAUUUUGCACCAUGGACGCCAUCAUCAAUACAUUUAGGCAUGGGACAGAGGUCAUGGACGAGCAAGAAGCCGUGUGAGAAGGAUAUAGUCAGCGGCCUGAUGCUCACCAAUUCGUCGUCUAUUGUUCAUCUAUUACAGGACAUCAGCAGACAGUAUGAUAAGUUGAUGAGUAAAAAUGCAUUUCUGAACAACUACUUCAAGAGUGACUACGAACAGGAAUGUGGAGAUAUUGUGCAGGAAUUUCAGGAUAGUCGGGAAAUCGUGGAAGCAUUGAUGGAGGAGUAUCGACUAAGUGAGAGUCUCGCUUAUAUGGAGGAGGAUUACGUAGAUGCGCAAGAAGAUAACCAUAACCAUAACCAUAACCAUGGCCAUGAUGACCAAGAUAUCGAAAUGUUGUAA